GUCUGACUUUUGCUUUUCACAAUUAGAGGAGAAGAUAGCUUUCGAACUUCCCCCACUUCUCCUUCUUGCACGAGUUACUCAAAGAUUUGGAUCUACCCAUCCAUUCUGAAUUUUCACUCUCUCAAUCGGAGAACGGAGAAAGGGAAAGAUUUAGCAGUUGGAGGGGGAAAAGGUGGGGCGGAAACACGAUUUAGGGCAUGGCGGCGGUUGCGAUACAUCAGUUCGCGCAGUGCAUCACCUGCCACGCAUGGAGUCCUGAUCGAUCCAUGGUUGCAUUUUGUCCCAAUAACCAUGAGGUGCAUAUCUACAAAUUCUUUGGCGAAAAGUGGGAGAGGAUACAUGUUCUCCAAAAGCAUGAUCAAAUUGUAUCUGGAAUAGAUUGGAGCAUAAAAACUAACAAAAUUGUAACUGUUUCGCAUGAUCGUAACUCAUAUGUAUGGAAUCAAGAAGCAUCAGAGUGGGUGCCCACCCUUGUCAUUCUCAGGCUUAAUCGUGCUGCACUUUGUGUCCAAUGGAGUCCAAAAGAAAACAAGUUUGCUGUCGGAAGUGGUGCUAAAACUGUUUGCAUAUGCUACUAUGAACAAGAGAAUAAUUGGUGGGUCAGCAAGCUUAUACGAAAAAAGCAUAAUUCCUCUGUUACAAGUGUUGCAUGGCAUCCCAAUAAUAUUCUUCUUGCAACAACAUCUACUGAUGGAAAAUGUAGGGUGUUUUCUACUUUCAUCAAAGGUGUGGAUUCAAGAGACUCAGGAUUAAAUUUUUUUCCUUGGAAAGGAUCAGGAUCAGGUGCUUCUGGUGAUGUAAAAUUUGGAGAGCAAAUUGCCCAACUUGAUCUUUCUUUCACAUGGGCAUUUGGUGUGAGGUGGUCUCCAAGUGGAAACACCUUGGCAUAUGCAGGUUAGAACUGUUAAAUAUACUUUGAUAUGCUUAUUCUUUAUUUGUGGCUGGCAGUUUUUAUUCA